AUGCCGCCAUUUUACAAGAUUGCCGUUAUACAACUCUAUGUCAAACCCCUCAAGCCCGAGGACAACUUUGUCCGCGCCGUGAACUUCAUUCGUGAGGCUGCGGCGCAAGGCUGUCAGUUGGCUGUCCUGCCUGAAUUCCAUUUGACAAAUUGGAUUCCGACCGACCCACGUUUUGCUUCCAUAUGUGAGGGCUGGGAGGUCUAUCUGCAUCGAUAUCAGACUGUUGCUAGAGAAUGUAACAUCUGCAUCGUUCCUGGGUCUAUCGUUCGACCUAUUUCACCAUCUUCAGCCGAUACCACGGUGUUCAACAAGUUCGACCAGAAGCCCCCGACACCCGUGUUAGAAAACGCAACUUUUUUCAUUUCCAACACGGGGGAGAUCCUAGGUUCUUAUGUAAAAAAGAAUCUAUGGGGUCCAACCGAACGAGCCUAUCUUCGAUCUUCUGGCAAUAGCCCCCAUUGUGUCAUACAAACCCCCCUAGGUCCCGUAGGUCUGCUUGUCUGCUGGGACUUAGCUUUCCCUGAGGCAUGGCGGGAGCUGACGUCUAACGGUGCCAAAAUCAUCAUCAUACCCACUAUGUGGACACCAAAUGGUGCUUCGGAGGCUGGCCGUCGUCAAAAUCCUUCCGCCCCGUCCCUCUUCUUGGAUAGUAUUCUGACAGCACGCGCCUUCGAAAAUACUUGUGCGGUGGUGUUUGCCAAUGCUGGCGGACCGCCUGGAAGAAACUAUUGCGGCCUAUCCCAAAUCACCAUUCCGUAUGCUGGUCCCCUGGUCCGUCUCGGGACUUCAACCGAAGGAAUGGCAGUAGCCACCCUGGAUAUGGGAGUCCUGGAGGAGGCCGAAGAGAAUUACGGAAUCCGGGCAGAUAUGGCUGACACUGCUUGGUCGUAUAAGCAUACACAAAGGGCUGCAGCAAAAUAUCUUGUUGAAGGAAAGUUGUAG